AUGAAUUUUUGGACAGUGCUAAUUUUAUGCCAGUUAGCAACUGUUGCCAAAUUUUCUACUUCUAAUCUUGCACAUCAUCUGCUCAACAAUGGCUAUAACCCAAACGAUCGCCCAGUUUUGCAUGAGAGCGACACCAUCAAUCUGACUAUAGACAUCAAUAAAUUCACACUUUUACGUAUGGACCAAGCUGAAGAGACGGCAAUCUUCUCAGCCGAGUUUUUACUCACCUGGAAGGACGCUUUUUUGAAUUGGAAUCCGUCGGAGUUCAAUGGUCAGAAAAGAAUAAAAGUCAAGGAGCAGCAAGUUUGGCGUCCGGAUGUUACAGUAUCCACAAGCAUAGCGAAAGAAACCCUCCUUGAUGCGAAUCAACGGUAUGUAGAGGUUUUCUGGGACGGCACUGUUAGGCAAAGCAUCUACUCCGUUUAUACGAACUUAUGCAACAUGAAAGUCGUGAAUUUCCCGUACGACUCACAAAUUUGUAUAAUUGACAUUGGUCCGUGGACAAUAUUUGUUGUUAAAGUUCAACUGUUUUGGGGUAAUAGCGAAUGGGAUUUUGAUAAGCUCGCAACAUCGGUAGAUUAUUCGAUUGAUGCUGAUGUCGACUUCCACUUCUCAGAAGUUCGUUUUGAGCUCUACGUACAAAGACGGCCUCAAUUCUAUCUAUGGGUGCUUCUCAUACCUACGUUUGUCAUCACAACUGUGUCAGUAUGUGGUCUAUUUAUUCCGACGAAUACAUUGGGUGAUCGAGAAGAAAAGGUCAACCUUGGAUUGACCACAUUGCUGUCCUCAGCUGUCAUUCUCGAAAUUGUAGCCAACUCAAUGCCAAAAGCUUCAGCAUUACCACUUCUAGGCAAUUUCAUCCUGGCUGAGAUUUUCGUCGUAGCAGCGGGAGUUGUGUGCUCAGUGAUAACGCUCACUCUGCACCACCGAGCCAAUACUCGCAGAUGGAAACCGAAACCUUGGAUACUGAAGAUUUUAGGAGCUACUGGCUCCGCGAAAUUCGUGAAAAUCUCGUAUUUCAAGUUGGAGAAACGGAAGAAGAAUACAUCAGCGUUACCGUUACUUAGGCAGAGCGCUCCAUGGGCAGAAUUCAUGGCGUCACUACAUGCUCUUCUCGAUUACCUUGAUGAGGAAGAAGUAGAUCGCCGUAGAGAGCUGGCGUGGCUGAAACUAUUUGAUCGCGUCGAUGCUAUUCUUCUGGUGACGUUUUUGAUUGUGAAUUGCAUUGUGACGAUUAUUGUAUGCAAACAUUGA